AGAAAGGAAAAUUAAAUAAAUAAAAUGAGCAAAAUAAAAAACAAAAAAAAAACUCUGGAUCAUGGAUACCAAAUAAACUUUUGUGGAAAAGUGCUAAUUUACAUAAUUUUUCCUUUAAGUGAAUGUAUAGAAGGCGGUAGCUCUUCCACUUGUAAUUUUUUUUUUUUUUAAGUUAUUAUCGUAUGUAUUCUUGAAGAAAGGGUAUAUAUAGCGAAUUUGCGACAUUUAUGUUUGGUUUGCUUGAUUGGCUAAGAAAAGAUAAUAGUGGUCAGACGAGUUAUCCUGUGUAAAAAGAUUAAUAUUAAAAUAUAUAUUUAAAAAUAGUGAUAAUUGAGAAGAGAGACAUGGAGCAUGAUUUGGAAUCAUCACAGGAUACUGAAAUGCCUUCAAAAGAAAAGUCGGCUAGAGAAGCGUUACAAACUUAUUUGACGCGAGCAAAACUGAAUCCGGCCAAAGCUGAAAACGAAAAACGACGUCGAAAGGAUACCAUUCGUAAAAUUUCUAUGAUUUACAAAAAAUGUGAAUCAACGCGAAGCUUGGAAGACCGUCAACUCUUGGAGAAACAUCCGGAUAUUGUGAAGCAGGUGAAGAAGCGUAAAGAACGUGUUGAAAUCUACAAAGAGAGAAUUGUAGAAAAAGAAGACGAUCUCCACGUAAUUGAAGCCAAAGUUGGAGAAUUAGCCAGUAUUAUAUUGCAAGCUAAACAUUUAAUUUGCUACACGGGAGCAGGCAUAAGUACUUCAGCGUUAAUACCCGACUAUAGAGGCAGCAAAGGUAUCUGGACGUUAUUGUCUAAAGGAGAAGAUAUUGGUGAGCACGAUUUAUCAGCAGCUAAUCCUACAUUCACACAUAUGGCUUUGUAUGAAUUGCAUAAGAAAGGCAUUUUGCGCUAUGUCGUCUCACAAAAUUGUGACGGUUUGCAUUUGCGAUCAGGUCUCCCGCGUAGCUCACUUUCCGAAAUUCACGGAAAUAUGUAUAUUGAGGUAUGUAAGACAUGCAAACCAAUAUCGGUCUAUUGGCGUUUAUUUGACACAACCGAAAUGACGGCGCGUUAUUGCCAUAAGACGAAAAGAUUGUGCCAUCAUUGUUCGGAACCACUUUACGAUACUAUAGUGCACUUCGGAGAAAGAGGCAAUUUAAAGUGGCCUUUGAAUUGGGCUGGUGCAUGUCAGCACGCAGAGAAGGCUGACGUCAUUUUGUGUCUAGGUUCGAGUCUUAAGGUUCUCAAGAAAUAUACAUGGCUCUGGCAAAUGGACAAACCGGCUCGUAAUCGAGCAAAAAUUUGCAUAGUAAAUUUGCAAUGGACGCCCAAGGAUAACCUCGCCAGUAUUAAAAUUAACGGCAAAUGUGACCAAGUCUUGGAAAUGCUUAUGAGAAUUUUAAAUAUCCCGGUGCCCGUCUACAAAAAAGAGAAGGAUCCUAUAUUUAUUCAUGCCACUUUACUAAUGCCAGAAGAGCUGCAUACUUUAAGUCAGCCACUGCUCAAACAAAGUGAAAUCGAUCACGCAGACGAAGUUGAUAAGAUCUCAAGUAGCUACAGUUGCACAAAUGACUCUGAGAAAAGUUGUUCUACUUCAGACAGCGAAUAUCGAGCAAUGAUCAGUAGAGGGCCUCGCAUACGAACACCCCUAAAACAAAUGAGCGGUACUCGCAUUAAAACAAAUUUAGAUUUAAAAAACAAAGUUAAAUUUGUUUCGCAAAUAAAUUCUGAGGACGAAUCCUCUACAUCGGCGACAGCGGACGACGUCCAUAUACAGAAGCUGGCGGAAGUGGAUAAGAAAACCUUUUUUGAUGACAAAAUUAAACUUGAACCCCAAAAUUUAAACGCUAUAAAAAUUGAGUCCGCAACAUCUAUGGAAUCAGGUCUAAGUACUCAAUGUCCGUCAGAUUUGAGAACGUUAGAGGCGAAAGUCAACAAGGAGGAUUCAUCGCUCAGCUGUUGGCAGCAACGGAAGAAGGAAAUAAAGAUCGAAUUGAAUAAAGAAUCAUUAGUCAAAUUGCCUUUAAAAUUGGAACGGAAUGAAAAUGUCUUGGUGGAAAUCGCUGAAUUGCAUCGAAGCGAGCAAUUACUUAUCAGACAAGCUACAGAGUUAACUAAAAAUGCUGAAGAAUUUCUUAAAAGAUUAGAAAAUGAAAUGAGUUCAAACUUGCAACAAGGUAAAUCAGAAAACCAGCCCCCCAAUGGUUUUGUGAAAACUCCUACGAAUGGUUUUAAAUUGACUGCUGGCUCCAUUGAUAAUGUAAAAAACGAGCUCAUCAAUCAUUCAUCCGUUAAAAACGUAAUUGUACCGGUGGCGCCCAACACAGAACCUGCUGUUUUCAACGGCUACAAAGUAGAUCCUGGCGUUCAAGCUCUGAGCAGUCAAAAUGCUUUUAAUGAAACAGAAACUAGUGAACCACCGCCUUUGACACCUUUGGUUAAACAAUUGCAGAAUUCGCCUAACAAGAUCACCUCUCCGCCAUUGGAUACAUUGGACGAAGAAACAUUAUCUGCCGAUGAAGGAUCAGCAGAUGGAGAUUCAACGAAUGAGUGUGCAUCGGAACAAGUUAUUGUAGCACAAAUGGAUAUCUUAAAAAAUUUUGCUUUAACCUGCCCGAAAAGAGUCGCAAACGGUAGUCGCAUCGAUGCCCAGCAACGAUAUCAUUUAUUACGCAGCAAAUUGCCUUCUUGGUGCGAUGCAAAGUAUGCUUAUUCCGGUCUGCAUAGCAUAGUAUUUCCGCCACCUGCCGAUAUCAAUAUUUGGAAUUCACAAAUUGUGCCUAUCUUUGCUAUGAACCGUUCGGCUGCAUCUUGUGAAUUUUGUUUCGAUCACUAUGCCGAAUCCGAAUGUCAAUUUUACAGGAAAUUCGACUUACACGAUCGUAAACAUAAGAAGCGUACGCGUAAAGGACGUUUUGUUGUUUGUGAAUGCUGCCCAUUAAGCGAGAAUGAAGAGGAUGACGAUUACGACGAGAAUAUAUCGUUAGCUCAUAUAGCUGCCGCUGAAAUGGCCAAACGUCGCAAUCACAUUAACAGCAGUUUUCCACGCAAAUUGGCACGGACCCAAGCCGGCUGGUAUGGUAAGGGCUACAAAAAAUAUCGCCGUAGAAAAUAGUUGAGAUGAAAUCGUAGCUAUUAAUUAUUAAGUUAAGUACACUUUUUAACUUUCUUUUUAUGAUGAGAUUUCAGGAGAUCAGUGCCCCCCGCCGCGAUGCAAUGCAUACAUAUGCUCAAAAUGUAAUAUAUAUAUAUUUUAUUUGUAUUAAUGGUAAAAAGUUUUUUAAAUUGCUUUCAGAAAAGCUUUUUUCAGUUUACGUGGUAUGACGGACGGGAAGAGUUUUUAAAUCGUUGUCUUCAAUUCAAUUCAAAACUCAAACUUAAAGCAGCUAUACAAUGUUUCCAAUGCUUAACUCAGUUAGAACAAUUUUUAUUAUUCGAUAAACGUUGCAUGGAGCUCUUUAUGCUUAUUAUUCCACACUUCGUAAGUUUGAAAGAUUUAAAUAAGCUUUUGCCAAUUUCGAAUAACUAGUCGAUGAUGAUACGUUGUCGUUCCUCCUUGGAAGGGUGCACAAUUAAGGGAUUUUUCAUUUUGUUAGUUUGUAAUAAUCAUAAAUCAUAAUCAUAGUUAGUUUAUCACAAAGCAGAACUUUGGAAGAGAAGUUCCACGAAUUUCACGACGUUUAUGUUAACGAAAGUCUUAACGCGGCCGUACAAUUCAAAAGAAAGUAAAUUCCUCAACUUUUCAAUCUUUCUUGAUUGCAACGAUACAGACUUUUUUGUCAUUUUUAUUAGAGCAUACUUGCGAAACAUUAAAUAUCUGUUCUAAACUUUCUCAAAGACCUCAAGGGCCUUGGCGUUAAAUAUCUACGACGCGACAAACUCUGUACGUUACCUCAGUUAAUUGUUUUCAUUUUUAUCCUUUUACUCAACAAUUUAAGGUAAAAUUAAGUUAUGGACUCUUAGACGGAUGGUAUUCUUUGCAAUAGGCUAGCCUAGCGACGAGUCCAAAUGGUCUUGGAUAAAAUCAAGAAUUCCGAUUCUAAUAAAAGUGUUUGGGAAUAAUAUAAAUUGGCCGACUACGAUGAAGUUUUGAACGUACCACACACCACACACCAACUCCGCGGAGCGAGGGUAUUGGAAAAAAACCAGUCCUUUAAUGUAGACAAAGAUUGCACGAAUGAUUACGAAAGUAAAGUACGAUGUGUAUGAAGGUAUGGAUGAUAGUAGAACUAACCUUUUAGCCAGAUAUAGCACAAUCGCAGUCGCUAAGAAAACGGGGUUCAUAACUAAACAACACUUCGGCAUAAGUGAUGCUUAUGUAAGCUUCGUUCAAGUUUACUCUUGAGUUCCUUAAGAAAACAUAAAAAAGAAUGCCUAUUAACUCGGUAACACUACCGUGAACCGAAAAUUUUACACCAUAGUUGGGGUGACUGAUCAUAUUUGAUUGAUAACCUUGUAGAAAUGGAGUGAGUUCCGAUAUGAGGUAAAAUGCUUAAAGCUGCGGAAGGAAUCGCUUUACAUGGUCGGAGAUGUGAGUCUCUCUGCGGACUAACAUAAACAUAGCGUACAAUUGGCAAUUGCGAGUUAGUCCAGCGAAAAUAUGAAACUAAUUUAUAUAUAAUCGAUUGAGAUAUAUAUUGCUUCUGAAAGGCGAUUGUCAUAGCAGGGCUGAUAAAUUGGUACAGUAUGAAUCUUAUAUUGGAAAUGGAAGACCUUAUCCUAUUCUCUCACAUGUUAAUGCACACAAACUGUGAGACCAAAGCGAAUUUAUGACUUUGGUCCUCUUAAUAAUAAAAUAAGACGACUACAUAUACGCCAUGCAUGCAUUUCGGCAUCUCAACCAUUCACACCAGCAUUAAUCUUGUUUUUGAUAAGCUCAACGCAUCCUCGCAAGUCACAAUCGUUAGGAGUCCUAUUGGGGAGGGAGGAAGCACAGUAGUCGAUUUCACCGCAUCAAUCAUUUUAUAUUUAGUUAAUUUGCUUUGCCGUAACAUUAAGCAUGUGCAGCAUUCAGGUUGAUAGCAGCCGCGGGAAGAUGUUCAUUUAAAGAAAAUGCAAAACAGUCCGAGGAUUUGAUCCGACCAGUCCUAAUGUUCCUAAAAUAUUCAUUCAUAAUUUUACCGUGCAGUGCAACUAAGUUCCGUACGUGAUGAUAAAUCAUUUUUCAAAUCAGUCGCGACACUAUCUUCAUGAUGGACGAAUAGAUCAAAUUUCAAUGAUAGAUGAUCAUCAAUUUUGGAACUUAGGUAGGAUCUUAGAUUCCGUAGUUGAAGCAAGAUUAUCAGGGCGUGGACGAUUCGUUGCAAAAUUACUCUUAUAAAUAUAAGAAAGGACCGAUAAGGACGCCUGUUCAUCCACUCUAGCCGUACCAUUGUCGCCAAACCAUACAAAUACAUACGCCGUGAACUCACGACAAACAAAGGUCGUAAGGGAUGCAUGCAUAGCCACCAGUAUUAUUUUCACAGACGGCACACUUACAAGUUUUCUUGCCCGGCGACGGAAACAUAAAAUAUAAAUAAAUGGUGCGGUGCACUCAACAGAGUAAAGUAGUGGCACAGUGAGAUUUUCUUGAAAGUUCCUGGGCAAUCCCUACGACGACUUAUUGUACUCCAUCAAACUUCCAGUUAACCAAGGAUUAAGGAUUUUUGCGAUGUGAUAACAUUUUUCAGUCGUCCGUUCGCUGAGAUUUUCAUAUUUUUCAGCUGAGAGAGCUGUGCUCCGUAAAUUGGAAUUGCAAAAUUUGAACAAAAAGGCAAUUGCUAUGUAAAGACUAUGGUCCAUUAAAAUACGCAACGAUCAAGUACAUAUGUAUCCAAGUUGAUUAACAUUUACUCCACUGCACUGUGGCCCCCACUAUUCAAGUAGACUGUAACAUGCAUAACAAGCAAAUUAUCGCCGCUUUUCAGGUAGGAUUACAGAUAAAAAUACGUUUAUGGCGUAAGACCUGUACCGUGUAUAUGCAUAUGUAUAUACCAUCAUCCAGGAAAUACAGGCAGGCAGGAUGAUAAAACUUACUAGUCUACUCUGCGAUGGCUCGAUUUGAGAGAAGGAAAUGCUAUAUUUCCGAAUGAUCUCUUAGGUUUUGUAUAUUUAUUCCCAAUAGUACAAAUGCGCAUUCCGAGCGCAACAGAUAAACCCUUACAUUCCUCAAUUACUCGAAUGGUCGUAGGUAUGCCGAAAAUUGAAAGAACGGGAAAAUACCCGCAUGUAAGAAACAAGUUGUAUUCGGCGGGGGCCGAAUCUCCCACACCCAACGCUAUGCUUUUCGUAUUCUACUCUCCAAGUUCUUUUA